UGUAGAUUGGCAAGCGCGAUGUCCGUUGCAGAACCUAAACGCUAUCAAGCUAAGCAGAAGCAGAAAGAUCCGAGGCCACAGGCCCCAGCAAAUGCAACUGAACGCCUGAAAACCGUCGUGCGUCGCCUGCCUCCCAAUCUCCCCGAGGAGAUAUUCUGGCAGAGCGUUCAACCAUGGGUCACUGAUGACUCUGUCACUUGGAAGGUCUAUCAUUCCGGGAAGCUGCGCAAGAGGACGAAUCAGGAGAAUAUCCCCUCACGAGCGUAUAUCGCAUUCAAGAAUGAAGAGGUGCUCGCGACGUUCGGACGUGAAUACGAUGGUCAUCUCUUCAGGGAUAAGGCAGGCAAUGAAUCCCAGGCAGUAGUGGAAUACGCUCCGUUCCAGAAGAUACCCUCCGAGAAGAGAAAGGCCGAUGCGAGGAACGCAACGAUCGAUAAAGACGAAGAUUAUAUUUCUUUCCUUGAAACGCUCAAGAACGCUGAGAAGGCCGAGCAUGUUUCCCUUGAAACAUUAAUUGCAGCAUCUCAACCACCUGCUCCGCCAACAACUACGCCUCUCCUUGAAGCGCUCAAGGCAGAGAAGUCAGCUCAGAAAGAUAAGGAAGCUAUCCUCCGUAACCAUGCACACUACAAGGACCUCGCCCUCGCAUCUUCUGUCAAGAAAGAGGAAGUCAAGAAGAAAGCUCCCGUCCCCACUCCAGCACCGCAGAAACAGCCCGAAGUCAAACCUGCUCCUCUCAGCCGCAAGGCAAAGAAGGCCGCAGCCGCAGCCGCAGCUGUACAGAAAACCGCCCCUCCUGCUCAGACCGCACAAACAAUUUCUUCCGCUGCGAAGGGCGUCUCUGCAGGGAACGCUAACUUGCCAGCCAAGCCUCCCCCACAAACACCUGCUACUCAAGCAAAUUCUCGGCAGCGCCGCCCCUCGCAGAGUCGCCAGCAGCAGGCGCCUAAACUUCCCGUUGCACCACUCCCUCCCAAACCAGCGACACAACCUACUCCUUCUGCCGGUGCAGAGGUCGCGCCAACCGCGUCAUCCUCAGGUCGCAGAGGGCGUCCAGUCGUCGGUAUGGGACGGCACUUUGAGGCUGCCUUGAAUGGCGCGGUUGGCCCCAGCGGGGGAAAGAAACGCGAGAAGGAUACACAGUCAGGUCCCGCAAGUGAGGGUGUGCAAAAAGACGUUCCGGCGAAAUCUAAGGAUACCUCUGCGCUGUCUUCUCCCAGCCCCGGUAUUUCGAGUAUUCUGCAGCGCGGGGAUGGACACACUCCUGGGAGUCCUAUGAUUCUACAGCGUCCUCAGACUGCUCGUGUUGCCGAAGGCCCUGCUGCUGAGUCACACCUUGGUAGAGGGGGGCCGCCGAAGAGAGGUCGUGGCAGAGGUAGGGGAGCUCCUCGUGGUGGCUAGGUGCAACGCUGGUAUGCAGGCCCAUUUUUACCCGCUAUAUAUAACGCCAGUGCGAGGCUAGCGGUGAUUUCAGUUGCGGUGCAUGGUUUGCUUGGCUUAUUUGCAGCACAGUAGUCACUUGGGAGCAGACCAGGCCUUCGAUUUCAAAGGACUGUCGGUCGGUCAUGUUCACUUCGUGCCAGCUGAGAUCGAGCUUGCAGCAUGACUGAUACGUGUGCGCAUCCCUUGAAGUAGAAUUUGCGUGUAAUCAGACCCAGUAUCCCAUGUAUAUCGUGUUUGCCAGUCGUUUUUGUACACGCAUGCAGAGGAAUUAGCAAUCG